CAUACCCGGGCCGGCCCAUUCCCAUUCUGAGGCGGGGAGAGCCGGACCGGCCCAACGGCAGAGGAAAGAGGGGGCCGCGCCCCAGCCGGAGCCGGGAACUCCCCCAUUCCCGGGGGGCGGGGUCUCUGGGACCCUUUUGCUAUCCCAUUGGUCUCGGCUAACGGAAGACGAGCCUCUUCCAUAAAGUGAUUGGUUGGAAGGCGAUUUCCGGUGACGCUCUUCCGGUUGCUUUCUGUCCCGAGCUGUACGCCGCCGCGGUCGCUGAAGUUCCAAGAUGGCUGGACGAAAACUUGCUUUGAAAGCUAUUGAUUGGGCAGCAUUUGGGGAAAUCAUACCUAAAAACCAGAAAGCCAUUGCUAAUGCCUUGAAAUCCCAUAAUGAAUAUCUUACUAACAGAUUGACUGCUCUGCCUGAGAAGCCACAAGUAAUCAACUGGGCUUAUUACAAGCAGAAUAUAGCCAAGCCUGGCCUUGUGGAUGAGUUUGAGAAGAAGUACAAUGAGCUAAAGAUUCCUGUUCCAGAAGAUAAAUAUACUGCCCUAGUGGAUGCUGAAGAACAGGAAGAUGCAAAAUUUGGUGCUGAACUUGUGAAAGCUUCAAAUGCUAGGAUUGCAGAACUUCAGAAAGACAUGGACAAGAUCAAGAAUAUAAUUCCUUUUGAACAGAUGACCGUUGAGGAUUUGAACCAAGCCUUCCCUCACACCAGACUGGACAAAAAGAAUUAUCCUUAUUGGCCCCACCAGCCAAUAGAGAACCUCUAGAAUUGAGCCUCCAAGGAAGCUGUAGACCUUCUCUUGCAUGCUCCUGAAUCCAGAAUAAAGCAGUUGUACAGUCUUAA